AGUCAUGAGAAUCUUAACCUUUAGAGGGGAAAAUCUGUGACUACCAAAGAAUGAAAACAAUUCAACGUAGGUUGAUGCCUCAGAAUACAUAGGUGCCUCGGCCAAACUAAAUGCUGAUCAGUGAAGACAAGAAAGCUUUUAAGUGUAGACGACUACUUGAAAUUCCAUUCCUUUAUCGGGUAGGAGGGUUUAGAGCCAGUUAAGCCAAUAGUCUAUCUAGCUGCAGAGCAGCUUCAGUAGCACUAGCUACAUCAGUAGAUCAUUGAUUAGCAUACCUCCUCUGAAUAGUCUACGUGGCCCCCUAGUUUCUACUACUAUAAAUUCUAGUUAAUCCAGUAAUGCAGACAGCCCUUAACUCUCUUAAAGAAAGAGCAGGAGGUUUAGCGUCAACUCAUUCAUUUCAUUCACCACGCGGCUCCUCUGUAUUUUCUAACAAUGGAAGGACAGUCAUUUGUAUAAAGAGAAAUGGCCGUAGAGCGGCUCUCUCUCAUAACAGAAGGAAAGCAAGCAAGAACGGAAUGAGCGCUUACCCUAUCGACCGAACGACCGAAGCUACUAUCUGCAAAUCAUUAACUCCUAAACUCAAGAACUACAGGAAAGGUAAUCUACUGAGCCGUUAUGCGCCAAUGCUUGCUUGAUGCAGAUAAUGCCCCGGAGAAGGACAGGAGAAAGCGAAGGUACUGCAAGAAGAGCUUGUUAACGUGAAUAAGAAGAGAAAAGCAGGGCCUAGCUUCUCGAGUCAUUAAGCUCAUGAGGGGUUCUCCUCCAGUUCGUUAUAUUGAUAGAGCACAACAAGCUACCUUGACCAUCAUUUUCAGCAGUGCUCAGUCUCAGU